AUGGGUCUUUGUCUUGGUUCGUUAGGUUCAUCAAUUGCAUGUUGUUUUGGCAAUGCAUUUUGUUCACUUUGUUGUUCAGCAUGCCCAUCAUGUAAAGGUUCAACAUCAACACGUAUUGCUUAUGGUCUUAUUCUUCUUGCUGGCCUUAUCACAUCAUGUGUUAUGUUGAUACCUGGUCUAGAGAAAGCAUUAAGUAAAAUUCCAGCUUUAUGUAAUGCUCCAAGUUCAAGUGGUACGCAAUUAUCAUCAGUUGAUUGUUCAAAAAUAGUCGGAUCUCUAGCUGUUUAUCGUCUUUCAUUUGGUAUGUCAAUUUUCUUUUUCAUUUUAUCAUUGUUGAUGAUAAAAGUGAAAACAUCGAAUGAUUUUCGAGCAAAAAUUCAAAAUGGUUUUUGGGGAUUCAAGUUGCUGAUACUUAUUGGUUUAAUUGUUGGAGCCUUUUUUAUUCCACAUCAAGGUUUUGAUUAUGCAUUUAUGAUUAUUGGACUGAUUGGAGGAUUUAUUUUUAUUCUUGUUCAAUUACUUUUAUCAAUUGAUUUUGUUCAUUCAUGGAAUGAAUCGUGGGUUGACCAUGUUGAAUCUGGUUCAAAACGACAUGGUUAUGGUUUACUUUUUUUUACCUUUCUUUUUUAUGCAUUAACAAUAACUGGUGUUGUUCUAUUCUAUAUAUAUUAUGCACCAGAUCGUUCUAUUUGUCGUUUGCAUACUUUUUUUAUUUCAUUUAAUAUGUGUUUAUGUAUUAUAUUAUCGAUUAUAUCAAUAUUACCAUGUGUAAGAGAAUAUAAUUCCUCAUGUGGUCUUCUUCAAUCAUCAUUUGUUAGUGUUUAUGUGAUAUAUUAUACAUGGUCGGCAAUGAGUAAUAAUCCAAAUGUAUUUUGUAAUCCAAAUAUUUAUUUAAAAGCUCAUACAUCAAAUUCAACAACAACUCCAAAUCCAAAUCCAAUACGACAACAACAUUUCUUUGAUCCAAUAACAAUUAUUGGUUUAAUUUUAUUUGUUUGUUCACUUUUUUAUUCAAUUAUAACAACAUCACGUAAUAAUCGUGCAAAAAAAUUGUUUUUAUUAUCAUCGAUUGAUUCAACAAUAUUAGAUGAUGCACAAUUAGUUAAUUCAGUAUCUGAUAGUAAAUGGAUGUUAGGUAGUGAUGAACAUAGUCACCAACGAGUUUAUGAUGAUGAACGUGGAUCAAUUACUUAUAAUUAUUCAUUAUUUCAUUUCAUGCUUGUACUGGCAACAUUAUAUAUCAUGAUGACAGUAACGAAUUGGUAUGCUCCAGCCAAAGAUUUUAGUACAUAUAAUAAUAAUUUAGCAUCACUUUGGGUUAAAAUCGUAUCAAGCUGGUUGUGUGUGUUGUUAUAUGUUUGGACAUGCAUUGCACCAGUAAUAUUUCCUGAUCGUGAUUUUUCAUGA